AUGGCCCCAAUGCCCCCCAUCGAUGCCUCCUCCAUCCCGCUCGCCGACUACUUCUUCAUAUCGGGCAUCGAGUCCUCGCAGGUCUACGAUGAACGCGCCCAAGCCAACUGCACAGGUGGCUCUUCGCUCGCCCAACCUCCCGUCGACGAGACCAUUGAGGAAGACCGCGCCCUCGAGACGGAUUCAAUCCGUCCCACCUCACAAGAUGGCCUGCCCGAUGGCCUGCCCAAUGGCCGGGGCCGGUCCGCACAGCGUCUGAGCGAGAACAGACAGUCCAUUGGCACCAUUGUCGGAAGAGACGAGUCCAAGCCCACGGCGAGCAAUCGAAGUAGCGCCACCAUCAAAGGUCUGCAAGUUGGUGGAUCUGGCCUGAGCGACCAGGAAUUCGAGUCUGCACUACGCAAGUUCGCCUCUGAGCGCGAGUCCUUUCUCGAAGACAUGUCGUUUACCGCUGGGGUUACGCAAAGCAACCGCGCGACGCCUACCAGACCACGUCCCAGGCCACAACGAGUCUCGCAGACCGUCAACGAUGACGGGACAGGCAAUCUGAGAUCUGGAGUGGGAAGCAUCCGGCGACGUAUAUCGACCAUGCAGAGCAGCUUGAAACGGCAAUCGUCAGUGGCACGCAAUUCAUCCAUACGAACUUCGAAACGCAUGUCUGGUUACAAUUCGGUCAUCCCUACACCGCAGCCAUUCGCCCCUGAGCCAGACAUGCACCCUCUUCUGCGCCGAUACGAGCCAGUCCUUUUGGAUCGCUAUCCUCCGAAGAAUAUGGUCGAGGAGCUGAAGCGCCGAAACCCGUUCCCAGAUUACGUACCAAUGUUCGCCUUUCCCAACGAUGUCAGCGUAGUCUCGUCUGAUGAGCGACCCGUGUCCCAAUGGCAUGGUUUUGCCAUGACCAACGGAGACGGAUCCAAGCUCUAUGGAAUAUGCAUGAUUGUCUGGCUUCCCCUGAACGCUGGUGCCGCCGAGGGACUCGAGCGACAGUGCGAAGAAUGGCGCCGAGAGCACAUGAACCCUGAAGAGCGAGAACUGGCAAGCAGCCUGGGCGAACGUCUUGCAUUGGAGCGAGCGAAACUGUCCCAGCUGCUGACUAAGUUGCCCACUGUGACCCCUGAGUCCGAGGAACGCGAAGCGCUGGAAGAUGACAUUGGAGCCGUGGAAGAGAAGAUCCAACUCAUGACCGAUCUGUUACGCCCAGUAAGACACGGAGCGGCAUCCAAAAUCGACGGACUCACUGAUGGCGAAACUGGACUAUGGAUUCCCCGUGCAUACGGCGUCAUGGGCAGGGAUGCGAGUUUGACCCCUUUUUGGAAAGAAUGGCUCAAGGCUGUGACAGUACCCAUGACUAACGGCGCGGUUUUACGAGUACCAGCGAGUUCACCACGAAUUGGCAUGUGGCAGCCGCUCGAGCGGUAUGUGGUCAACUUGUGCGCGGAGGCCCUUAGUCCGAUCACCUCCAUCACACAGGUCGAAUUAGCAGUCCGAGAAUUGCGCAUGUACGCCCGCAAAGAAGCCGUCAACGAGAUACCUGGAUCUCGCACUAUCGACAUCUACGCACUAUUCCGAUCGCUUUCGAUACCCAAUAUCGUCACCUUGUUCGAACUCGUGCUUGCAGAGUCGAGAAUCAUCCUCCUUUCUUCCCACACAGCAAUGCUUCACCUUGCCAGUUUGGCCAUUGUGAACUUGCUGUACCCAUUCCAAUGGACCGGUGUCUUCAUUCCGGUACUGCCAGCGCGCCUCGUACAGACAAUCGAAGCGCCAUGCCCCUAUAUUGUAGGUAUCGAAAGGAGGUACGAGCCUGCGGACUACCCCGAAGAUGACUACGUUCUCGUCGAUCUGGACCAGAACUCGAUUGUUUCCAAUGGCCCGCCACCUCCACAACUGCCUCGUCAAGUGCGACGGAAGCUUACUGCACUCUUACAGCAAUCAGCUCCUCAUCAUGCUCGUUAUGGUGUGCAGACUGGACCUCCUGCCUAUGCCAUGGAAGCAUUUCCUCACAACACCUUCAGCAGCGAGAAUCCCGGUGUGUUCAGCCAUCGAGCAUUUCCAUCGACUGUCCAUACUUAUGUCGGUCUGAAUUCGACGUCAUUCGGCUCUGUAGUCGGGCCUGCCAGCGCUCGACCACUGAUCCAUAACGCGUUUCUACAAUCAAGCGCCUCCAGCCGUGGUAAUGAUCGACCAUCGACAGCCAAUACUGUAAGAACAUUUUCGAACUCCCCGCCUUCUCCUAAGAUUUCCCCGGUUUCCACGGUUUUCCCUCCGAUGCCUAGUACACCGAUUUCCCGUAGUGACUCAGGAUAUGCCCUACAGGCGAAUCUCCGAGACCUCCGUGAGAAGCGAUCUGGACAUUUUGAGACCUCUAGUCGCCGGAGUUCUUCUUUUGGCUUCGAACGUGUACCACAACUACGACGACCCUCUCAGCCAUUCCUUGGCCACGCGCCCAGCGCAUCGACAUCUUCAUUGAGCCAUGAAAUACACGUCGGUUCUUCCUAUGCGCCCUCAGUAUACGCACAGUCGACCUUGGCCGCAUCCACGAUCAUGCCUGGUAUGGCGAUGCAGCCUGUGCGCAACACUGCAACUACACAAUGGCAGGAGGGCCAUUGCUUGCAGUGGAGACCCCACGAGGACAAAGCGUCAUGCUCCAUCUGUGACGAGAAGUCUGACGAAGGGCUCUAUCGCUGCACUGGUUGCACUACAUACGCCCAUGGGAGAUGUAUGUCAUCCAUUGCCGUCGUCUGUCCGACGGCCUUUCGGCCGGAUCAAGUCCGGGCGUCCUUUGUACGAUGUUUUGCUAGCUUGCUUUACACGUACCGCCGCUAUCUUAUACCCGCAACUGGUGACCGCAAGAAGGCUGGGAUGCUCUACCAGUUCAAGAUGGAUGAGUUCGUCAAGAGUUUACCCAGCGAAAACGUGCCAUUCAUCACCUCGCUACAAGAGACGCAAGCUUUCAACGAGUUCAUCCAUGAACGCGAGACGAUUCGCGCGGAUGAUCCCAAGAUCAAGCUCUUUGACGAAGUCAUUCUCGCCAAACGGAACCGCGGAAAAUCGUCCUUUUUCUCCAGACAGAGAGCCGAUUUUCUCUCCGAUACAACCGAUCAUCUGUGGCGUACAGCAUCUGCAACCCCACCCAACUCUCGUUUUCCCGGCGAUUACCGUACAAUCAUAAGCCGCAGUAAGUUUCCCAAUUCACCCAAGUCGAAUGUCACUCACCGUUUCCAAGUUCCUGCCAAGCUUGACCCUACACUCAUGAAAGAGCCCCGGGUCAUCCAGGGCGUACCUCGAAUUCCGGCGGCCAACGCUCGCCGAAAGCCCAUUCCUUCCAUGCUCGGACCGAAUGGCACCACAAACACCGAAGUCUAA